UAUAUUUUGUGGGUUUGAAAUGGAAUCCGCGCUAGAACGAAUAUGCAUCCCAGCCGGGGGGGAGAGACGCCAUGGCGUUGUUUACAUCCCGGGGCCCAGUAGCAGGUGACCUUCCUGGAAAUUACCGAGACUUAGUGUGUUUUGAAAAAGUCCUCUGGAGAGUGGGUCCAGGACUUACACCUGCAAACUUCCUGUUUCUUGGGUUGAGAAAAGAUGUAUACUACUCCCACAAGGAAAGAACGAUUAUCCUUGAUUAUAUCGUCAAAACGAAGAGGUUCGGGGAGGUUAAAGGCACAGUGUUGGCAGGAUAUGGCCGAGGCCCAGAUGUGUCCUGGCAGAUCAUGGCAGUCCUUAAAAGAACAUUUUUGUAUCUGUAUUAUACCAAACAUCAGGCAGAUCCUCUUCCCGUAAGUAUAUGUUGUAACACUGAGCGAAAGUGA